AUGCAGCCAAGUUUUAUGGAAGAACCACCUUCACUUUUAUGGGGUUUGGAUCCUGUGUUCCUAUCACAUGCCAGGUUGUAUAUCAAGGAUAUUUUAGAAUUAAAGGAGUCUAAUCAAGUACCAGGUAUAUUUUUCUACAAAGACCAUCCUAUCAAACAGGUCGACAUCUUAGGAACUGUUGUGUGUGUAAGGGAAAAGGAUGCCUUCUACAGUUAUGGAGUGGAUGAUAGCACUGGAGUUAUCAACUGCACUUGCUGGAAGUCCUCUGCAGCCAAAGAUAGGCCUUCAGUGUUUGCAGACAUUCACAGAAGUACAUCGGGAGCUAAUGACCUAGAUGGACUAGUGCAAGAACUGCACCGACAGGAAAGCAGUCAGGCCAAGAUGGAAAUUGGCGAUGUUAUCCGAGUCCGAGGCUACAUCAAAGUUUUCAGAAUGCAGAGAGAGGUGGUGUCUUCUAUUUUCUAUAAAGUGGAUGAUCCCACGCUUGACAUGCAGAUUAUGAGGAUGCUUGAGCUGCCUUAUCUCUAUAAACAUGUCUAUGACAAACCUUUUAUUCUUCCCGAUCACAUGACGGAUCAAUCCCUGGAGCAACCGAAUCAUAGCAUGUUACAGAGGUCCAGCCUUAUCUCACUGCUCAGUGAAAAAAUAAUGAAUUUUGUGAAAGAGAAUAAGAUUUACAACUUCUACCUACCGGAACUGGAAAGUGUACCCUCCUUACUUACGGCAGCUACAAAUCCACAUCACAGCACAGAGCAGGGUGACUCAACCAAUACUCCCAGUUCCAGAGAAAUUCGCAGCUUGUUCAAAGAAGCCAUAUAUAUGCUACAAAAAAGAGGCAUUGUUUACCAGAAAGGCCAAAGCAAAGAUGUUUAUUAUGUAACAGAUCAUGACAAAGAAUUACAAAAAUUAACUUUGAAUGUUAUUAAACAGGACUGCAGUAGGCAAAGACAUGCAGAGAAGGGAUGUCACUUCCUCCAUAUUUUGAACUGUAUACAACAAGGUUUUGGGUCCUGCAUAAAUGAAGCCAUACUGCAGAGAGUCAUUGAUGCACUUGAACAGAACAGUGACAUUGUCAGCACAAUGGAAAAAUACUACACUGCCGUCUGA